AGUUGUUCUUUGGCAAUGUCAAAGGUUUGUGCCAUUUUUGGAGGAUCUCGGGGAAUCGGACAGGCUGCUGCCCGGCUGCUAGCGCAGAAAGGAUAUUGUAUAGCUGUUAUUGCGAGAAAUUUGGAUAUCGCUCAAGCCACUGCAAAAAACCUGGGAGCAGGUCAUCUAGCAUUUCGUUGUGAUGUCUCCAAAGAAGAAGACGUUCAAAAUACGUUUAGCCAAAUGGAAAAGAGUUUAGGUUAUGUAAACUACCUGGUUAAUGCUGCAGGGGUCAACAGGGAUGGCUUGUUGUUGCGAAGCAAGGCUGAUGAUAUGAUAUCCCAGCUCCACACCAAUCUUUUGGGAACGAUGUUGACCUGCAAAGUUGCUGUGAAGGGUAUGAUUCAACAGCAGGGUGGUGCUAUCGUUAACAUAGGAAGCAUUGUUGGACUGAAGGGCAAUUCUGGUCAGUCGGUAUACAGUGCCAGCAAAGCGGGAUUAGUUGGAUUUUCACGCUCUCUUGCUAAAGAAGUAGCAAGAAAGAACAUUCGAGUCAACAUGAUUGCUCCCGGUUUCAUUCAUACGGAUAUGACGGCACAUUUGAAAGAAGAUCAGUUGAAGAAAACGAUUCCUCUCGGAAGGUUUGGGGAACCUCAAGAAAUUGCCAACGCAAUUGUAUUUCUUCUGGAGUCUCCUUACAUAACAGGACACGUUCUGGUUGCAGAUGGAGGUUUGCAACUUAUGAUUUAAAAUUUGUAACAGCGCAGUUUUGAAUUUGGGGAGAAUAAUUCAGCCACCUGGCUAAAUGGAGGAUGAUACAAAGAAGUACAAAUGGUUGGUUGUCUGGAAAACUUUAAAUAAUAAUAAUAACUUUUUAUUUAUAUCCCGCCCUCCCCGCCAAGGCAGGCUCAGGGCGGCUUGACCAUGUGCUUGCAUUGCUUUUUUGUAUGUGGAUAACAAAGUUUUGCGCCUGUGACACCAAAUGAAAAAUGCGACUCCUGUAUUCUGUGAAUGUGUGAAUGAUAGACACUGAGAACUGUAUUUUGGAGAGUUGGUAUAUGAAUAUUCUAAACAGCCUAUUUUUUUCCACUUUGUUUGCAUAAAGAUAUGACAUUGUAUUCACAAUUAUGCCUCAUAGGAAGGUCGAAGCGUUCUAUUCAGAAUGGCAAAACAAUCUGACAAUAAAGUACUUAAAAA